AUGUCCUGCCCUCGGCUGCUCGUGCUGGUGCUGGUGAUGACAUCGCUGUCGUCGCUGUUGAUGCUACAAUCAGAUGCACGGUUUCUGGAAAUCAGCAAACAACCGUCCAACGUGCCGGUCGGUAUAGUGCCUCGCGAUGACUACGGUGAGGCCGUGCAGCUCCACACACCACCGCAGGACCUUCAAGAUCCGGCCGAUCAGCUCGACCGUGAAAAAGGCAACGAGAUGAUUUCGGUGAAACUGCUGAACCAGUACCUCACGAGACCGUUCGCCCAUGGGCCAGAUCAUCUCGAUGACGGGGAUCAUGACGAAGGCGUCGACAGAGAAACGUUUCUGGACGAUGUUCGGCAACCGCCCCUCACCGAGCUGGGCUAUGAAACCGUGAAUCAGCUAGAUCUUGGGGACGUCGAGUCCUUGAAAGGUAGACAGCUUCCUGCUAGCAACGCGGAACCUCUGCCGCCAGUUCAUAUCAAGGAAAAUGGGAUCGAAGAUGAGUUUUUGAUAAACGACAAAACGGCAAUCGACCAGCAACUAGUUAAAGGCAAGUGGAUGGAUCCGGUCGAUUCAAAACCGGAUACGGAGAGCAGCACCGGACGACAGGAUGAUCUAGAUGAUGGAAAGCGCUCCCCUAUUACCGGAAAUCGAUCGAUUGCCGCCUCAACGGACACAAUGACAACAAUGACAACCACGAGGACGGUACAAUCCAGUACGAUCACUGUACGUAAGAUUCGUCGUAAGCUGCGCAGGAAGUUCUACACCACCUCUAGCCCCAGCACGGUCGAAACGGAAGGUCCACUAGCGACCUCUCCAUCAACGGUGACGUCGGAACCAGAGAGUACCUCCACGAGCAGCAUAAAGCCAGUAGCGCAGCCCAGGAUCGACAUUAACAAGCUCAAUCUGCAACAUCUGGAGGAUGAAUUUUUGGCUUACCCAGCGUUCGGUCGCAUGCACCCGUCUCGCAGCGUAUCUCGGUUCCGCCCGAGAAGCAUGAAACGGUCCACCGAUCCAGCAGCCUCCGGUACAUGCAGCUGCCGCCAGUCACGGAAGCGCAGGGCACGAAAGAUCAACUACUCAUACGAUGUAGGAGGUGAUGAUGACGAUGAGAACGACCUGAACGAUUCUGGUCCAGCGUAUGGUUACGGCGAUUACAACGAUCUACGGCGAUCGUCCGCGGACGUUGCCCAUUUGUUUCCGGUCGUCUCGCAUCUGUUGGCGCAGGAGGAGAACGGGGAAAAUAGCAUGGAAAGGGCCCAGAUGGUCCACGGUGCCCUCGAGCGACUGAUGGGCAUUGUGACGAUCUUUUCCCACGUCGAUGAGCUGAUACAAAGGCGAACGAAGAAAUCGAUAAGGCGGCUCGCGCGCUUGUACGAGAGCGACGAGAUGUACUAG